UCUGCGAUAGAGAUCCACAUCUUCUGACCUCGCAAUGAUUAAUGUGAAGUAUGUACUCAUUUCGGGAGAACCAGAAUUCAUCGGAUGAAUCGUCUGUAAACUCUACCUGUAGUGAAACUCCCUCAGAACUGGAAGCAAGGUUAUAUAGUAUCCUGCAUUACAAUGACCUAAAUGAGCCUCUACCUCCGGAAAUCACUUCAAAUUAUUCCAUCACUGUCUCUGGAACAGACGUAUGUAUAGCAGUCAACAAAAAUCAACUUCGAUCUGUUGGUUCGGAUAUGCCAGAGAGUCUUUGUCAGGAGAGGAGCUCCUGUAAGCAAAAUACAGGCAGAAAUUCUUUGAAGCAAAGUCCUCUUGAAUUUAAUCAUGUGGAACAAAUUGAUGUAUCCAAAUCGAUCGCAUUGAAAAAUAACAAGGAAUUUGAAAUAAUUUGUGACACCGAGAUAGAAACUAACCGAAAAGAACAUACAGUUGCAGAUUUUGACCAAAAAUUAUCUGCUUAUGUCUCUUAUGUAUCGUGGAUGAAAACUGAGUCAGACAACUUCAGACAAACUGUUCGGAAUAUAGUGAGAAAUUUACCGUAUCCUCAUUCUGAUCCUACCUCUUAUGCCAAGUGCAAGGAAUUAGUUUUGAAGUAUGCGCGCCCCAUCGAUUCUUUGAAGAAGAAACUGAAAGAAAAAGACCUUUUUCCGAAUGAACUGAAACAAAUAUUCUCUCAGUUUAUCACAGAGGCUUGUACGCCUCGUAGUACUUUAGUUCACAAGGCAGUCUCGGAGUUUCUUGAUUAUUUAAACCCAACAAAUGUAGAUACAUUCGAGUCUUUUAACCUCAAUGAAAUCAGAAAGUUGUAUUCUAACAUCCUUCAAAAGAAUUCCUCCAGAAAAGAAUCUGUUAGAGAGAUUGUGUUGAAGAAGUUUAAAAAUUUUGUAGCUGAAAAAAGCCAUGCAUCAAAAAAUGAAUGUGUGAAACGUUUUUGUUCAGAAAUGCUCAAUCUUCCUGGUGAGUCAGUCCUUGUAAUUGAUGCAGACUUCAAGGAACAGAUGUUUGCUACUUAUGAUAUUUAUCAGGCAUGUACGAAGGAAAAGAUGGUGACUGAAACUGAGAAAUACCCAGACUUAAAUGACAAUGAAGACUCCAGCAGUGAAUCAAGUGAUGGUUUGCCAUUGAAGAAGCGUAAAUUAGAUAAUGGCGAAGAGUCCAUUGUCUGUGAGAAGGAUAGCGAAAAUGAUCUGCGUAAUUUACUGUUGAAACAUAAUCCUUACAUAUCUGAAAAUGAAUCAUUGCGUAGAGUGUUUAAGCAGUUCCACGAAUUUUCUAUGAAAGAAAAGCGCUGUAAUCCAAAACAUAAAUUUGUGAAAGUCCUUGCCAAAUACAAGCGAACAUCGGAUUGUUUUAAUACACUAUAUUGCGGUUUGAUUAAAGAAAGUCUCUUGAGAGAGUUGUUUAUUUUUGGCAAUCAACUUAAGGAUCAUACAACAGCAGAAGGUGUAAAAGCCACAGAAGUUAUGAUAGAAUCUCUGGUUAAAAAGGCUCUCGUCGCAAAGUCCCUAAAAAAAUGUAGAGUUCAAGAAAAGGUCUCCAGAAGUGAACCAGGAGGAUUGAAUGAAGCUACUCAGAGUGAGAUCAACUUGAAUGAGAACGUCAUUACUAUCUCAAGUGAUGAAAGUGACAUUGAGGUAAUCUCCAGUCCUAAUGCAAAUCCUUCAAGCACAGUCACGCAAGAUAAAGAGAUGAUCCUCAACAUCGAAACAUGCUCUGCUAAGAACCAAGCAAUUUCCAAAAUCACUCGGCCUGCCUCUAAUUCAACCUCAAAGAGUAAUGGUUAUGCAUCUAACUGUCCGCCCUCCUGGUCCGAUGAAAUGAUCAGUUAUUACUGCAAAAGUUGGGGUGGCAAAACAUUUGAUCAUGUCGAUAUCCUGAAAGAACUGAAAGCAACAACCAAGCCCUCUGACUGGAAAGUGAGCAGUUAUCAGGAUUUGCUUCCUUCUCGAAAACGGAAAAGAGGGAAACAGUGUAAUCGAUGUCUACAGUGGGGCCACCUACAGUACCAGUGUAAAGAACCAAAUAAACCAGUUGUUUGCUCAAUAUGUGGUGGUUAUAAUCAUUCUCAGAAUGCAUGCACUGACACCAAAUGCCUGAGGUGUGGCUCAAGAACAAAGAGUUUCCAAGACGGCUGUCAAAAUUGUCGAGCUCCAAAAAAAUGUACUCUGUGUGACUCGACCACUCAUGACCGCACAUAUUGCCCCGACACCUGGAGAAGCUAUCACUUGACAGUGGAGGGAAGUAUCAAAAUACCUCCAGAGCUACCUAUGAAUCAGCGGCAAUUCUGCUGUAAUUGCACCAAAUCUGGCCACUUAGACUACUUCUGUCCUUUGCUAAGAGGAAGCAAAACUUUCAACAUUAUCAAUAGUCCCUAUGUUUUAAAUUAUAAUGUAGAUAACGUAAAUACAAAUCAGUGUAGUUAUAGUAGCAUCGUCACAAAUUCAGUCAGUGUACCAAAUGCAAGAAAGAAUAACCCUGUAACCAAAAGAACCAAAAGUUGGAAAGAAAGUUAGACUCCGGUAAUAAAUUGAUAGUGAAACUCCCAAACCAAGUAUCUCUUUUGCAAUGUUCAAAAAUCUCCACUUCAAUUUUUUUUUCUUGUAGGAGAAUAAUUCAAUGCCAUCCCUUUAAGUUUUUUCAGAAUUUGUUUCGCUUUUAGAAGAAUAAUCACAAAAGCUUUCAAAAAUUGGCAAAGUGAGUUGUCCUUUGUUUAAAAAAUUAAGUACUAGUAUGACAAGGAGUCUGCAAUGUUGCAAACAGAAAUACAUUGUGUGGGAUUUUCACGGUCGAAAGGUGACUCAAAAAAUUUAGUCAACUCUCUGCUGGUCAGACCUCUCUGAAAUAGGCAACAUUCAAAGUCUGAGUGAAAAGUCUUUUUUACUUUUAAUUACUUCUGUAACUGUCAAGAGUAAACAUUCUCAAAAAAUGUGAAAUUCUCAUGAUCUCUUUAAUUAGUUCUCUGAUCGUCAAUUAUUUUGGAUCAUAAAAGCUGUCAAUUCGUUGAAUUUUCAGAUUUCAAUCUAAUGCCAUGGAAAAAAAAUAGUAGAGCAUUUUGGUGUCAGGGCAUUAUUUUCCAGAUGAUUAGUAAUAAAAUGUAUGUAUAUUGGUAUAAUUCAAUACAGGAAACUAACUCCUGUAUUUUUUUCAGAUGAUAGUCUUUCUUUUCAUGUAACUGUAUGAAUGAACAGUGAUUAAAGUGCAUUCAGGAAUGCAAAUUGGAGUAGAGUAAACUCAUUUUUGUUUUAAGUUUUACUUUUCCUCUUUUGGAAGAAUCUUUCUAUUUGUAGAUACUUUUUUGGGGUCAAAUUGAAGUCUUAAAAUAUUUUAUGUUUUUUUUAGUCUCUCAAAUUACCCCAUUCUGAAGCGUAUAAAUUCUAAUUUUGCGUAGCUUAAUUCAUACAUUUGUGUCAUGAAUGCAUAAUAAUGAAUAUAGCCUUUAAUUUUUUCCCCUAAACUUAUCGUUUAGGUAACUGUUUUUUUUGUUAUUAGCUCCAGACGCUAAAUUAAUGCGGUAGUCUAUCAAGUUAUAUUUGUAAUUUCUGUAAACAAAUAGUUGAAGCGUUUAAAUGUGACGUAAGUGCCUGAUAAGUUGAUCUUAAUCAUUUAAUGCGUGUGUUGUAAUUGUUGUCUUUCUUUUUAUAGUCUUUUGUAUUUAUCUAAAGAAACCAUUUAAGGCACCAAGGGAUACUACUCAAACUACUGAUUUGAAACAUAAAAUUUUAUUUUGCCCUUAUUUAAAAGGAGCUUAUUUAUUUUUGGUCAAACACAAAACUCUAAAAUUGUUUCAGGAGUGAUAUAGGGUCUUCUCACAGACUUAAAACUAUUAAAAUGUUUCACCUAUUCUUAUGGAAAAAGAAAAGGGAGAGGUCAUAGUAAAAAAUGUAAUUACGACAUAAAGUCUUAGCAGUUUUUCGUAGAAAGGUGAUCUUGCUGUCAAAUUUUAAAAAGAAACGAGAUUAAUAAAAUAGCUGUAAAAGUAAAA